UAUUGGCAGCCGGCUUCCUCGUUUCUCGUCGGUCUUGUCGUCCGACCAGCCGAGGCUAUAGGGUUUCCAGGGAGAGUGAGAGAGAUCUCCGAGAGUUCCCCCCCAAUUUCCCGUGGAUUUUCGGUGGAAUCGCCAGAAUCCGUGGUCGGAACAAGAAUUUGCUUUCGACAAGCUCCCGAUCGAGAGAUUUUCUGGGUGGAUUCUUGUUCCAGAAGGAUCGCCUUUUCUUGCCGGUGCUGUUGCGCCAUUGGGAUCGAUUUUGGAGGAGGAAUCGUGACUUUUAAGUCUUCGAUUUUGGACAACCUAUUAUGAGAAUCACGGAACUGGAGGACGGGGGAUCUGAGGAUUCUGGUGGCCGGGAACUCGUUCCGGUCAAGGCGAAGAGGGCGCUGGUUGGGGCGGGAGGUAGGAUUCUCUUUUAUCCUACACUUCUCUACAAUGUCUUCCGGAACAUGAUUGAGGCUGAGUUCCGGUGGUGGGACGAAGUCGAUCAGUUCGUUUUGCUUGGCGCUGUUCCAUUUCCCAAAGAUGUACCCCGCCUUCAGCAGCUUGGGGUUCGAGGAGUCAUCACCCUAAAUGAACCAUAUGAAACCCUAGUUCCGUCAUCCUUAUAUCAGGCUCAUGGGAUUGAUCAUCUAGUGAUUCCAACAAGAGACUACCUUUUUGCCCCUUCACUUGUGGAUAUCAGCCGAGCUGUAGAUUUCAUCCACAGGAAUGCAUCCUGUGGGAGAAUUACAUAUGUCCACUGUAAAGCUGGAAGGGGACGUAGCACCACAAUUGUUCUAUGCUAUCUGGUGGAGUAUAAGCACAUGACACCCACAGCUGCUCUGGAAUAUGUGAGAUCAAGAAGGCCUCGAGUGCUUUUGGCUCCUGCACAAUGGCGAGCUGUCCAGGAAUACCGCAAGCGCAAACUGGAAUUCCCUGCAAUUCGAAGUCCAAGGCCAGUAUGUUUGCUCGCUGGUGAUGAAGUUUUAAUUACUGCAGCAGAUCUAGAAGGAUAUGGGAUGAGUGAAGAUGAUAGCAAUGAUAUCAGCCUCUCAUUGUGUAGGAUCAUUCGAACCAGAUCCAUGACAACAGGUCCUCUCAAGGAGGAUGAAGUUUUGGUAACUGAGGCAGAUCUAGAAGGGUAUGAGACUUAUGCAGAUGCUUAUAAAGAUGCAAGUGUCUCAUCAAAUGGGAUUGUUAAGAUGAGGCCCAUGAUUAAGAGGCUAUCUUGCCUCUUUGCAUCCAAGUUUUCUGGUAGUUGCCAGCCAGCUGCCAGCCGGCUUGCUGAGGUUCGUGCUUGCUAGGUAGAAAUACCGAUGCCUAUCUGGGGUUCCUGUAAGGAGGUUCUAGGAAGAGAGAAGAAUAUAGAGCAGGAAUGUAAAUUUUUCUGCGGUCAGUAAUGUUAGAUUGACUAAAAGAAGGAUAGAGGUGACCAUUGUGUCUGAAAUUCUGUUUCUGGUUGCCCAGAUAUUUUUUUGACUUUAAGAUAAUUUCUGUAAAUCUCUUUAUCAAUUCAAUGCGGAUUUUCGUUUUUUCUUGUUUUUUUAA